UCGAUUGGCUGACAUAAUCACUGCUUGCGGUUGCAAAAACCACAAUCGCCAUAUUCAAUUCGAAACAUACUAUCGUCGUGCCACACUCCGCUCGAGAUUGUGAACGUUGUCGUACUCACAGCAUUAAGGAAUAAUGGGCGCAUCGAUGGAUAUACACGACAUAGGGCUGUCUGUGCUUCACGAGCCUAGUGACUGUAUCGCAGAUAUUGUCUUUCAAAGGUUCAUGGCUUACAAGGCCAUCCUCGAAGAACUUGGACAACAAAAAGAAAUACUGCAAACCCAAGCUAGAGUUUCUCAGACAAACCCAACUGAAAAAGAGGUAUACUGGCCUUUGGAUCUUUUGCCAAAUAAUUGCAAUAACACGAGGAUAUUUACUUGGGGUUAUGAUUCUGUCGUUGCCAAGUUCUUUAGAGGUCCGACAAACAAGAACAACAUGUUCGCAUAUGCAAAGGAUCUUCUUUACUUACUAAGCAACAAGCGCCUGGAUUGUGUGAUACGGCGCGCUGCGAUUGAACCCUAUGAGAAUUUGAAUGAUAUCUAUCUUUCUACGAUAGCAAUUUCUUUUCUUGGUACCCCUCACCGCGGUAGUCAGAUGGGUGAAUUAGGCGAGGUUGUGCGCAGAAUCGUGUCCGCUGUGGGCUUUAGUACGAACGAUCAAAGCAUCCGGAAUCUUAAAAUCAACAGUUCGGACCUCGAAAUCAUCCAUGAAGGGUUCAUUUCUUUAUAUGACCGGCCGAAUCGACAUUUUGAGGUUUGCACAUUUCAAGGAGCACAGGGAAUGACAGGAGUGAAUUAUGGGAAAUUUGAUCAUAAAGUUGUUGAAAAUAUCUCAUCUAUUCUUACGGGAAGUGAGCGAAUUCAGACUAUCAACGCGAAUCAUAUGUCUAUGUGCAGAUUUGCUGACAGGACCGAGGAUGGUUACCAGAAAGUGGUGGGUGAACUGCAACGAUCCUUAUCACUCAUAAAGAUAAAAUCGCUCGUAAGGAGUACGGAUAAUGAGAACACUGGAUUGCCGCCGAAAAUUCACCAAGUCAAAAGACUUUUGCAUCAUUAG